GGAAAAAUAUUGUAGUGCACUCCUAGUGAUGCGGUGGGAGGGAUAUGCGGUUGAGGUUGGCAACGCUGCAUGUGCUGUAUUUUCCUCUUGGCAAAGCAAGUCACAAAAACAUAGCAGAUACGAAGACGAGUAUUAACCGAUUUCUGGCUGGCCUAGUCUUCUGCAGUAGGUUCCUCAUUGAACAAGUGCCAAAGAUGGCACUCACAACGAGUGCAUCACGUCUUCCUCUUCACGUGAAGGCCCGUGGAGAGAGGUACCCAAAUUCAGACGUCAAACGCUUCCCAGUACCGGAUGAUAAGGUCCAGUGGUCUGUUCCAUGGCCAGAAUAUAAACCAGUUGAGUUCACAAAUCCAAAAGUGUUGGCAGGCCCAGUUUGGGCAGAUCCAGAAAUAAGGGGGCCCAAUUCGGUAAAGCUGAAGUUCAAUCGAGUGGACGGUAAGAUCAACAGACGCAGCCACAUGAAGCCGGAUUAUGAAACACCCGAGGGCGUGCCUAGGAAUCCUUGCGGGAGAACGGGCAUAACGGGGAGAGGGGAGCUUGGGAAAUGGGGACCAAAUCAUGCUGCAGAUCCCUUAGUAACGAGAUGGAAGCGUGAUGAGUCAGGCACAGAAGUUGUCGACCCAGUCACAAAGAAGAAGAUUCUACAGUUCAUCGCUAUAUGCAGGAAGGACUCGGGAGCCUGGGCUAUACCAGGGGGUAUGGUGGACGCAGGGGAGACGGUAUCAGUUACAUUGAGGAGGGAGUUUGGUGAAGAAGCCAUGAACUCUCUAGACGCCCCGCGUAAGGAGAGAAAGAAGAUCGAGAAGGCCGUAGGAGAGCUCUUCAAGCACGGCAUCGAAGUCUACCGGGGCUACGUGGAUGACCCUCGCAACACAGACAACAGCUGGAUGGAGACAAUAGCGGUCAACUUCCACGACGGCACCGGCAACAGCGUGGGGAAGUUUGCCCUACACGCAGGGGACGACGCGGGGGCCGUGCAGUGGACGGACAUCGGGUCCAACCUCAAACUCUUUGCGAGCCACGAGUCGUUUAUCGAAAAGGUGGCCAUAAGGCUGGAUGCCCACUGGUAACGCUCUACCACUUUCACCUUGUACGUUUAGUAUCUCUAUCUCAAAGGCCAAAUUUAAAAAACAGUUUACAUGUUCAGCAUGUGUGCUGCCUCGUCUUUUGAAGGCUGCCUGCAGGGGCAGAUUGGCCAUUACAAUUGACUAGUGUUUCUGCGCUGGUAUACUUUGAAAUUUCUCUUCCUUGUUCAGUUUUGAGUUGUAUAGACUUCUUUAUUGAGUUUCGUUGUUGGCUUUUAAACAGUUGACAACAUUAAUGGAAUUGAACUUAACACCACUUUCAGUUUCCUCUUGGCAUUUCCUGAGGAAACAGAAAUUGGCAGAAGGCAGCUCGAUUUCAGAUGAUACUGACUCAUGCACUCCUGAACUCUACAUUAGUUGGAGAAUUCAGUGCUAUUACAGUCAAGCACAAACUAUUAUAAUACCUUGACUACCACGAAAAUAUCACCAAAAAGAAGCUUAUAAUCAGCAACUUAGGCAAGUCAUUUUUUUUUAUCUGCUAUACCUUGUCUUAAACUUGGUUAAUUUCCCCACUUAAAACUAGACUUUUGCAAAAUUGGCAGUACCAUAUUAUGUAAAUCCAUGCUGCAAAAAAUGUAACACGUCAUUUUAACAGAAGCGUAGAUCCAAAUAGCAAACAUGUAAGCCUUUUAUGAAUGCUCUUUUGGGAAAAUGUAAAGGUAUGUUAUUUAGAAGUAAAGUUUAAAUCGCACAACGAUCCAUUUAUGGCGAGGAUUUGAUGUGAAAGGGGAGGGGGAACGAAACCCAAGACAUUGUUUUGAAAAAAUGUGAAUUGCACUCAACUUACUUUGACCAUGCACUGUGCAGAAAAGUGCACAUUAUGCAUGCAUAUUUCUCAGUGUCGCAUAAAUUUUGGGCAGGAGCCUCAGUACACACAUGAUGUUCUCUACAUGUGUGACUCUGUUAGUCCCAUUACUGGUGUGAAAAAUAAUUGUAUUCCAGUGUGUGGGAUCGUCAAGCAUCUCUGCGCUCACGUGCAGAGAAAUACCCUGAUGCCCUGAUGAGCAAACCAUAUGUUUUGUAAUUCCCUAGUUGAAAGUUUCGAUUUAGUUAAAUAAAUAAAUAAAUCUAAUAUUACUGCAAGGUAUGUUUGGUGCUUGAAAAAGGUGUAAUAACUAAGUAAAAGUCGGGUUUGGGAAAAAAGUAAACGUAUAUGUGCAGUGUAUGUUCCCCUUAAAACAAUAAAACCGAAUGCCCAAGGCCUUUUGGUUGCAGAACCUUUCUUUUGCAUGUAAAAUCCCCUCACGUUUGUAGGAAACUAAUGGCCAAAGUAUAUUGGCUGAACUCUGUUUUUCCUCUAUUUGGCAAACUUCCUGGUUGAGUUUCAAGAAUCCACAGUAGGAAGCUUAGGGUUAAAUGUCAUGCUUGUCAUGCCAGAGGCAAAAAACUUGGUUCAAAGAAUAAAUCCUUUCCCAUACGUGUGUGUAAUACAUAUUUGUACAAUCCCUGUCUUUGACCCUGUCAGAGCAAGGAUUACACACGCAUGUACAGUCAUUGGUAGGAAAAACAGAUUACUUCACUUUUCUGGCAAUUCAGCUCACAUAAGGUGUCAGUAGUGUCGCAAGAGCUUUCAAAAGCUCUUAUUUUGGUCUUGCGAGUUCACAGACUUGCUUGAGGAAAUGCUUGGGAAAAGGGUGCAAGACACAAAGUCAAGUGACAGCUGGAGAAAUGGCUAAUUCCAGCCUGGAAAUGAAGGAAAACAGGAUGUUUAUGUGGAAUGAGUCAUCCUUGCUUUGUCGGGGCUUCCUAAGAACAGGGUGACGAAUUCUGGCAUGACUGUUUGGGGGAGAGUGCAGAAUGUGACUAGGUCACACUGUUUGCACCAGGGAACGGUGUUUAUGUAGCAUCUGGUGUUUCCUGGUAAAACGUGCCAGCUGUUCCGGACUUUGAAGAUUCUGCACAAAUACUCAUUACAGAUUUGUUCUGUCCCCUCCAUGUUGUCUUUUCAAACCAGAAAUUAGCCUCAAACAAAUUUUAUAACUAAAUGGUGUUUUAAUCUAAAUCUAAUGUGCUAAAUUGUGUUUUGCUAGUGUUAGAUGUUUUGUAAAUUUGUGGUUUUUGAUACUGAAAAAUUACAAUAUUGGAAGAAGUGAUUAUCUGAAACCGGAAUAUGAUGUAGGUCUGGUUGUGUAUAUUUAUGGUACAUUACAUCAGUUCAUAUCAUUUGGGUUUUCACCUGUUGCGAUUAAGUCAUCAUAAGUCCAUCAGUCUCAAGUGGAGUCACAAGCUAUUCAAAGGGUUGAAAUGAACUGUGACGGAGGAGUUUCUGUAUCAUUGUUCAUAGUGUCCAUGACGGGCCUAUUAGCAAAAGUGAUCGACUUAUGAUGGAACUGUGAUUGACUCACCUGUGCCUGUAGGGAUGUUCCCUGUUCUGUGGCCAAGCCUUCUCUGCCUCUUUAUUUAUUGACACAUUCCUAGUGACCUAGUCACAAGUUAUGUUUCGUUUUUCCUUUUUUGGUGGGGUGGGGGGGCGCUCUGUGCUUGAAAAUUGACUGAAGUUGAUACUGCGACCCCUGGAGUACUGUUGCCAAUGCUGAAUCAACUGAGCUGUCUAGCCCAGUAUAAGUAAUCUGUCAAUACAUUUAUACCACAGCUACUCAACCUGAAAUAAAUCCACAGGAAUUUUUAAGGCACUCUUUGGAUGUAAAAAAACAAACUGCUCUUUUAUUUUUGUCAGUACUCGCCAAAUUCAAGUUUGCUUUCUUUAUGGAAACGCUGUUCGGGAAUUGGCAGAGAGUUUUGAGUAUUAAAUAAAACUUGAGAAAAAUGGGUAUCAAGGUGCUCAUCGGAGUCCUUGCGUCGGUUUAGUGCUAGCUGUUAGAACAGAGGUACUUGUUCUGGGGGUUGCAGGUUCAAACUCUACUUCCGUGAGUUUCCUUUGUUUUCUACAAACUUACCAAGAAGUUACAAUUGUGUACAUGUAUGUGGUCAGUUAGGUGCUGUAUUCUUUGAAACUUAUUUUUCUUUCAGUUUUAUUCAGUCAUGACUGAGGUACAUGAAUUCUCUUUUUGAUAAAUCUUAUUGCCAGUGGCAAAGUUGGUGAUAUUGUGUGUUUUAUUGUGAUCAAUGUAACCGUAUGAAGCUACUGGUAGCUAGGUCAGUUCAAUUCACUUGUCAAAAGUGUAGGUAAUCAAGGCCUUUUCUUGUUCUUAAAACUUCUUGAAGUUGUGAUUUGUUGCAAUUCUGAGACUUACUUGGGGGCUGGGGGGAGUACUAAUGUGGGAAUUCAAUUGUAGAUAAAAAAACUGGACAUUUAACCUUUACUUUGCUGUGAUUUUAUGGUAAUUCUUUUUUCUUUUUUUUUGACUCUUUGCUAUGGACACUUAACCAAAAGAUGAGCUGCCAAAAGUGCUAAGCGGAAAAUAGUACUUUGCAAAAUACCAGUCGGGGAAAUUGUAGAUUACAUGGCAGCUUUGCUGGUAACCCAAGUUUGAUUGACCUGUAUUCUCGUCGCUAAGCAAAAUGGGCCUACAUAAAUCUGUUCAUGGAGUUGGGAUUUAAUUUACUUCAGAUAAAUUGGUACAUUUAAAGACAACAAAGUCAUCUGCCAAAAGUGGAGACUUCAUCACAAAGUACUAAAAAUGUAGUGUAGGUAAAGGAUCAUCAAACACUUAUGAGUGAACUCUUAAAUUUUACAGUGGCACUGAACUGUAGGAAUUGUACAGUUAAUAACCUGUUGGCAGUAUAACCUUUUCAUUGCUGAAAUCAGAUCAAACUAUCUGUAUUGGAACUAAG